GUAGGUUUCGGGGUGUGACAGUUAUCAUGGAUGAUAAUGAGAGUUCUAGUGCGUGGAAUACCGGCCAGUCGGCUCAAGAGCAAGGUCUUGAAUAUGUGCUGGACGCUUACCAUGUUGCGCUUGGCGAUCGCCCUAGCUUAUGUCCGGAUAAGGCCGAUGUGCCUCUCAUCGAUCUAGGCGGGCUAUGGAAGGAUCCUGCACGACGGUCUGCGGUCGUCAAGGACAUUGCAAAAGCUUGUUGUCGCUUCGGUUUCUUCCAGAUUGUGAACCAUGGAAUUUGCCAAACCGUGAUGGACGAAGCCCUGCAUGCGGCAUCCAGCUUUUUCGACUUGCCAACCCAAGAGAAGAUGAAGUACAUGUCGAACGACGUGCACAAGCCAGUGAGAUACGCGACGAGUUUGAAGGACGGGAUCGACAAGACACAGUUCUGGAGGGUCUUCCUGAAGCAUUAUGCACACCCACUGGAACGCUGGAUGGGUCAAUGGCCGGAGAAUCCCCCUCAUUAUCGGGAGAAGAUGGGCAAAUUCUGUGCCCAAGCAAGGAAAGUGACGGUGGACCUGAUGGAGGCCAUCAUGGAGGGCUUGGGACUGGGACCCUUGUAUCUGACCUCUAAAAUGGAAGCGGGGAUGCAAGUGAUGGCGGUCAACUGCUACCCACCAUGCCCGAAUCCGGAGAUGGCGCUAGGACAACCACCCCACUAUGACCACACUUGUUUGACCAUUGUUCUCCAAAGCUCCCCUGGACUUCAGAUCAUGGACCCCGUGGACUGCACCUGGAAGUCGGUCCCUAAAAUUCCUGGCGCCUUACAAGUCCACGUAGGUGACCAUCUUGAGGCCCUGAGCAACGGCCUGUACAAGAGCGUCGUCCACAGAGCGGUCCUCAAUUCUGAGAGGACCCGGUUUUCCAUUGCUAGCUUGGAACUCGUGGGCGCGCAGGGGAAAAAGUACCGGGGAAGUAGCUUCAGGGAUUUUCUGAACUUUCUAGCUACCCAGGACAUUGGAGAGGGCAGGAGCUUUAUCAGUACACUCAAGAUCAAUCAAUAGUUGCUAGAUCCUGAACUUAUUUUCUUUGCGCAGCUUCUGUAUCUGUAAUAAAAAUAACUUGUAGCCCCCUGCAUCCCAAAGAGCCCGUCUUCUUUUCUUUCUUUUCACAAAAACCAUGUGAAUACGAAUAGUUGCCAUUUUGCUUGUUACCUUUUCCUUUAAACCUUUCCUGUGUCCGAAUUGUAGGAAAUUUCAAUUUUUACGCCGAAAGAAGUGGUUAGUGAAUC